AUGUCCCAUAUUUUUUUGAUAUAAUACAAACAAACAGAGGAGGCUAGUGACAAAGUGAAUAAAGCACCAAGGUUUAUUAUAAUGAAGGAAAGAAAGGAAGAAGGUGAUGUUUUUGAAUCAAUGAGAGAGAUGGUUCCAAGGUCAUCACCACCAACACCACCUCCACUUCCAAAAUUCAGAGUCUUCUCAAGACCAAGAGAAGAAGAGAGUGUGACAAAGAGAGAAAUUGCCAAGUUUUGGAGGCAAAAGCAGAUUGAGGAGGAGGAUCACCUCCUUGCUGCUAUCAAGUCAGCAGCAAGACUCCGUGCACGCAAUCUCACGGAGCAAGAGUACCGGAGCUUCGAAUUUUCCUUGAGGACUCAUGACACUGAUGAAGAUGACCCAAAGGAAGAGAGGGUCAAAAGGGUUGUGGGGACAAAUGAUUGCUGCAAAAAAGACACGAAGGACAAGGAAGUGCGUGUGGGAAUAAAGGAUUGGUGGACAAAAAGCAAGUAUGCAUAUUUGAACCAACCAGCCGUAGAUUCCAUGGAUCCUCCUAAGAAACGAACUUCUACUUAUGUUCCCAAUUAUCUUUCUUACAAGCCCAAGGCUUUGUAUCCUACCGCUAUUGGUGUUUUUUAAGCCAUGGGAGGCCUUCCAAUAUUGCUUGUUAAUUAAGUAUGGAACUCUUGGUAGUGUUCCUAAUGUGCAUGUUUUAUUUGUCAUUCAAAUGUGUGCUCUUUUAUGAGUAUUGUCGGACCUUCGUAUUUUGUAUGGUUUGAAAUACCCUUUGCCCCUUUGGUCUAUUGAAUACACAAUAAAAAGUCAUUCCUUGGUCAAGUCUAAAAAAUAUGCAAGUACUUUCUGUGUGUCAGUCUUAUUGUUCUGUU